GUGAGUGCUGGAGGAUGAGGUGUAGGGCGGAUCGUCCUUCUUCUGGGGGCUCCUUCCCUCAUUCUUCUCCCCAUUAAUCCUCUGUCCCCUUUCGACAGCCUGAGUGGUGCCUUGUGGCACCACGCAAUGGCGUGUCAGGGCCAGUGCUGGAAUCUCCUUCCAAGGAUCCCCCCAGCACUGGGGAAGAGGGAUUUGGGGUCCUGCAAUGAACGGCAGCAGGCGAUAUCCUCGGGGAGCGUGGAUGCAGCUGAGCCUGCGGGGCUGUGGCACCCCUCAGGCACCAAGCCCCCCGUCCGCCCAGUCCCGGAAGAGCUCUGCCAUAUCGCAAAGCCUGAUAAGGUUUCUAACCGACUCCAGCCCACGGGUUGCCCAGCAGAUGCUGGUGGCCCCACGGCCGGGCUGUUUGCAGGGCUGCCAGCUCUCCCCUGCUGCCCCGGCACCCACCGGCUCAGGAGGGGGAUGAGCUCUGACCCGACUGGACCCCGGCACGUGCCUGGCGGGUUGCUGCGUUCGGAGGAGGGCGGCUGCCCAGGAUGAUGCUGGUGCAAUGCAGAAGAGCGUGAAGGAGGGGCUGUUGCUGAAGCAGACGAGCUCCUUCCAGAGGUGGAAGAGGCGAUACUUCAAGCUGCGGGGCAGGACACUCUAUUACGCCAAGGAUGCCAAGUCCCUGAUCUUCGACGAGGUGGACCUGUCUGAUGCCAGCGUGGCUGAGACCAGCACCAAGAACAUCAACAACAGCUUCACGGUGAUCACACCAUUCCGGAAGCUCAUCCUAUGUGCAGAGAACCGGAAGGAGAUGGAGGACUGGAUCAGCGCCCUGAAAUCUGUCCAGAAGUGGGAGAUCCAUGAGGCCACGCAGUUCAACAUGGAGCACUUCUCGGGCAUGCACAACUGGUACGCCUGCUCCCAUGCCCGCCCCACCUUCUGCAACGUGUGCCGUGAAGCCCUCCCGGGGGUCACCUCCCAUGGCCUCUCCUGCGAAGUCUGCAAGUUCAAGGCACACAAGCGCUGCGCCGUCAGAGCCACCAACAACUGCAAGUGGACAACCCUGGCCUCCAUCGGCACAGACAUCAUUGAGGAUGAGGACGGGGUGGCCAUGCCCCACCAGUGGCUGGAGGGGAACCUGCCUGUCAGCGCGCGCUGUGCUGUCUGCGACCGGACCUGCGGCAGUGUCCGGAGGCUGCAGGACUGGCGGUGUCUGUGGUGCAAGGCCAUUGUUCACAGUGCCUGCAAGGAGCUCUUUGGCAAGAGGUGCCCCCUGGGCCAGUACAAAGUGUCCAUAAUCCCGCCAACCGCCUUGAACAGCAUCGAUUCGGAUGGUUUCUGGAAGGCCACCUGCCCCUCAACCUGCUCCAGCCCUCUCCUGGCCUUCGUCAACUCCAAGAGCGGGGACAAUCAGGGCGUCAAGUUUCUGCGCAAGUUCAAGCAGUUCCUCAACCCGGCCCAAGUCUUUGACCUCAUGAAUGGGGGGCCCCACCUAGGGCUGCGCCUCUUCCAGAAGUUCUCCACCUUCCGGAUCCUGGUGUGCGGGGGGGACGGCAGCGUGGGCUGGGUGCUCUCCGAGAUCGACACCCUUGGCCUCCACAAGCAAUGCCAGCUGGGUGUCCUGCCCCUGGGGACCGGCAAUGACCUGGCGCGGGUGCUGGGCUGGGGCAGCCUGUGUGACGAUGACACCCAGCUGCUGCAGAUCCUGGAGAAGCUGGAAAGGGCCACCACCAAGAUGCUGGACCGGUGGAGCGUGCUGACCUACGAGGCCCCCAAGCAGUCCCCCCCGGCCUUGAAGGAGGAGGAGAACGGGGACUCCAACAUCCAGGCCCAGAUCUCCCACUACGCCGACUCUGUUGCCUUCCACCUGGCCAAGAUCCUGGAGUCGGACAAGCACUCGGUGGUGAUCUCAUCUGCGAAAGCGCUGAGCGUGCUGGGCGUCCCACAGUGCGCCAUGCUGAACGAGAAGCUGGAGUCACUGGUGCGGGAGCUGAAUGAGGAGGCUCAGGCCAUUGUGGUCCCUGAGGGAACGGCGCAGGCCCCCCCUGCCGACACCAAGGACCAGGAGAAAGGUGGCAGCUUCAACCCCAGCCCCAUGCCUCGCAUCUUCAAAUCCAAGGAGCAGCUCAUGCUGCGGGCAAACAGCCUGAAGAAAGCCCUGCGGCAAAUCAUUGAGCAGGCGGAGAAAGCUGUGGAUGAGCAGAACAAGCAGACCCAAGCCUACCGGGGCAGCAUGGGCCCCAGCAAGAAGGACAGCUCAGAGGAGCUCAACAAGGAGGAGGAGAGGCUCAGCUCCCGGCGGGAGACGGUGACCUCUGCAUCUUCCUCCGUCAUCCUGGACCGGCCGGACACCUUUGGCAGCUUGCAGUUCCCCGAAGACCCCAGCGCCCUCCACUUCUCAGAGAAAUGCGUCAUGAAUAACUACUUUGGCAUCGGCCUGGAUGCGAAGAUCUCCCUGGAGUUCAACAAUAAACGGGAUGAGCACCCCAAGAAGUGCAGAGGGACCAUCAGGCUGCCAGGAGCCUUUGGGUCGCCCCCCCCCCCCUCCUGCGGCAGGUUCUCCACCUGCACCCAGUGUGCACCUCUGGGUGGGCGGCAGAUUGCAAACACCCCCAGGAAGGGGUGCGAUGGGGUGCCCAUUUCACUGCCCAGCCUGCAGGGCAUCGCUGUCCUCAACAUCCCCAGCUACGCCGGGGGCAUCAACUUCUGGGGAGGCACCAAGGAGGACAAUAACUUCGGGGCUCCAUCCUUUGAUGACAAGAAGCUGGAGGUGGUAGCUGUCUUUGGCAGCAUCCAGAUGGCUGUGUCGCGGGUCAUUAACCUCCAGCACCAUCGCAUAGCGCAGUGCCGCGUGGUGAAGAUCACCAUCCGGGGGGAUGAGGGCGUCCCUGUGCAGGUGGACGGAGAAGCCUGGAUCCAGCCGCCCGGCAUCAUCAAGAUCCAGCACAAGAACCGAGCCCAGAUGCUGACAAGGGACCGGGCAUUUGAAAGCACCCUCAAGUCCUGGGAGGACAAGCAGAAGGGGGAGAGCUACCGAGCAGCCGCCCGGCCGCGGCUCAGCUCCCAGCAGUCCAUGGAGUACCUGACUGAGGAGGAGAGCAACCUCUUGCAGCAGGUCUCACGGGUUGCCGAGACCCUCAUCACCAGGAUCCACGAGGCAGCCAAGGCUCACAAAGCCGUGGAGCAGGAGCUGGCACACGCUGUCAACACCAGCUCCCUGGCACUGGGCGAAGCUCUCUCCAACAAAGCUGCUGGCAGCUCGGAGGCAUUCCUGGAAGGGAAGGCGUUGGACUCGCCACAGGAGGAGGAGGCGCUGCAUGGCCCCCUGAGCGUGCUGGGCCAGGAGCUGCAGAGGCUGCUGGACAUCCACUGGCUGGGGCCCAUUGCCCACCCUGCUGAGGAGGAAAGCACCGGCAGUGCCAACAAGGGCAGCUUCAAGCUUCGCCUCAAUAUCCCCAAGCCCAGGAAGGACAAGGACAAGGUGCAAAAGCAGAAGACCAACAGUGUGCUCCCAGCGGACAAGUGGGGCUCCGAGGAGGUGGCAGCUUGGCUGGAAGCACUCGGUUUAGGGGAGUACAAAGACAUUUUUGUCCGGCAUGACAUCCAGGGCUCCGAGUUGAUCCUGCUGGAGAGGAGAGACCUGAAGGACCUGGGGAUCACCAAGGUGGGCCACAUGAAGAGAAUCCUCCAGGCCAUUAAGGAGCUCAGCAACCCACCCUAGGCUGGCAGCGGGGCAGGAGCCUGGCCCACACGCUGGGUGCUGCCCCUUAGGGACCAGGGGUUGGGCAGGGGGGCUCCAGGUCCCUGCCACGGCCCGUGUGUAUGGAGCCCCCUUGCUUGCCUCGCUUUGUCUGUUUGUCCCCCGGUGUCCCUGGAGCCACUGCUUCUCCCCAAGCCUGUGGGGCUGGAAACACUAAAGCAGAGGUCUAGCCCCAUCAGCAGUGUGGCAUGACCCCCCGUGCAGCCCACAGCAGGGGCACUACAGGAGCAUGGGCUGCCAUCCGUGCACCCAAGCUGGGGCUGAAGCCAAGAUCCCCCUUUCCCACGUGGGUAUUUAAGCUGUGUAAAUAC